AUGGCUACUCCCCAUCUUCCCCCGGUUUCGUCGCCGCUGGCUGAGUCCGGACGCCCUCCCACUCACCCUGCUAGCUUCGGUGCAAAUGCUUGCAAGCCCAAAUGCUACGCCCCCCUUCCUAUUGCUCUUGCUUCUACAAUUCCCAUGAUGACCGCCAGUGGCCAGCACUCCUACCGGAUCACCCCUCGUGGAAUUGAGCUAAUGGCGCACCACGAGAAAUUUAGCCUUCUCUUCCGCCGCACUCGUGUCAAGGACAUCGUCGGCUCAUCCAACGCCCGUCCAACCUGA